UACCUAAUUUUUUCUUUUUUUAAUUUUGUGAUAGAUUAUUUUAUUGUUUUUUAAUCGAAAGCCACUCCGGCGUUCGGCUUUACUUUGCCUUUUAUAAUUUUCCUUUUUCCGUAAAUCUAAUUCAAGAAUCUCUUUGUGAUUUGUGAAGUGCCGCUGAAUAAGGUUCAAUUUUCCUGUUUUCGGUUUUCCUCUGAUGUUCUGAUUUUUUGGAGCGUCUCCUUGCGACAAUCUGGCGGUUUCGACCAUAGACCUUAGAUUUUCUAGUAUUUUUUUUUAUUUAUUAUCGGCACUUCUUUUGAAAAUCCCGUAGUUUUUCUCUAUCUGCUGAGAAAAUUAGGGCAAAAAAUUGCUUUUAAGAUUGAUCUUGAUCGUUGUAACAUGUUACAUCCUUAAUCGUGUUUUAUCCAUGGCGUCAGGUUAUUAAUCUUUUCCCCUUCUCCCACUUGCGUGAUUUGUUCAGCAAACCGUUGCUGUCGUUAUAUCUUCGUCUCGUCAAAAUUCUGGAUAAAAAUGAGUUCUGAGCCCGAGGGUUUAGGGUUUUUUAUUGACCAAGUCGGCUUCUUUCUUGGUUUUUAGGGCUCUCUUCACCUGGAUAUUCUCGUACUAAAUCCAGAUCUUUGUGGAAUCUCUGUCACGACCAGUGAAGUGACCCCCAUCUUUUCGGCAGACGAAAGUUUCCUCUUUCAGCCAAUUAAUUCUCCCCUGACUUCAACGAUUUUGGUUAUUUAUCACUUUCUCAGUCUAGAGCUAUUGAAGGCUUCCACUUUGCAUGCAUGGAUGUGAGGUCCGAUCCUGCAAUCAUGUCCAAUAGGGACUCGUUUACUAUCAGCGUUCAGAAAUCUCCAGCAUCGUCGCCGACGCCUGUGGUGCAGAGCAUGCGAAUGCCGUACACCAGCGACGGCACGCAAGUAUUCAGGCCAGUCUCCGGCGUCUCUGCGUCUGCUUCAUACCAGGUAGGGGGAGCUGAGUUACCGGCCGCGCAGAAUCUAGCCGUGAACCCGGGGGAGCCUGUGAAGCGUAAGCGUGGGCGACCGAGGAAAUACGCCGCAGAUGGGAAGGCGGCUCUCGGACAGUCUGCGGCAGCACUGUCAUCACCUUCUUCUGCUGGGUUCUCUCUGUCCUACACAUCAUCUGCAACUCCUCGGCCGCGGGGUUCAUCUUCUGCAUUGCUGCUGGAGCACAUCAAGAAGGCAAAAGGCCGGCCGUCGGGUUCCGGUAAAAAGCAUCAGAUGGAUUCUUUAGGAUCGGGUGGGAUUGGGUUUACCCCUCAUAUAAUCACAGUGAAAGCUGGAGAGGAUGUUUCAUCAAAGAUCAUGUCAUUUUCACAUCACGGGCCUCGUGCAGUGUGCAUUCUUUCGGCAAAUGGCGCUAUCUCAAAUGUAACUCUUCGUCAAGCGGCAACUUCAGGCGGCACUGUUACUUACGAGGGUCGUUUUGAGAUCUUGUCACUUUCUGGCUCAUUUCUGCUAUCUGAAAGUGAUGGUCAGAGGAGUCGAACUGGUGGUCUGAGUGUAUCGUUGGCUGGUCCUGAUGGGCGUGUCUUGGGUGGUGGAGUUGCUGGACUUCUGACUGCUGCUUCUCCCGUUCAGGUAGUUGUGGGGAGCUUCAUUGCAGAUGGUGCAAGGAAGGAAGCAGAAGUAAUCAGCCCGACCGACGGUGCAUCUACUCCUGGUAAACCUGCUCCUGCGGCGAUGCCCGGUCCCUCAAGCCCAGCCUCCCGGGGCACAUUGAGCGAGUCCUCCGGCGGAGGACCGGGCAGCCCGACUAACCAGAGCGCCAAUGGCAAUAACAAUCAACCAAGCCUGGCGAGUAUGCUAUGGAAGUAAAGCAAACCUCCAUAUUUAUUUAACCUUUCAGGUAUCAGUGCAAGCUAAGGAAUCCUAGAUUUUGAGCUUAGUGAGGGAAUAUAAUUAUAUUUAUUGUUAUUUGACAGAUGUUCAUUUAGUAGGGAACUUUGGAUGAAUGAAAUGUCAUUGCUGAUCGUCUUCUUCAUGAGCAUUAAUAUUUGUAUGAUAAGAAUGUUUCUUGUAUAUUUAUAUGAUCCAAAAGUGUUGUUUCUUAGUCAUUUAUUAUA